AUGGCGAUGGGGGCAGCUGAAGGGUCUGUGGAGGUAAGGGAUGGCGUGGCUAGGUUCAGGUGGGUUUGGUGGCUGCUGGGUUUGUCAGAAAAGACACUAAGAGGGGGUUUUGGCUUGGCUAGGUUUGUUAGAGAGGACGACGAGGGGGCAGCGUGCUUGGUUGAGACGGAUGACGUGGGGGAGGCAGCAAGCAGCGGGACUGUGGUUAGGUUGAAUCCUGGUGAAAACGAAGCGAAUUCAUCUUUUAAGCAUGAGUUUGUUCUUCCGAUGGUGGCUGAAGAAGCCUGUUUAUAG